UCUUGCCUCUCUUCACUCCUCACCACUUCAACGGUUCAUUCAAUCACUCUCUCUCACACACUCUUUUCCACUUCACUUUCACACUUCCAACUCUCUAUUAUUUUCCUUCCUCACUUCACCACCAUACAUACAUCUUAUAAUAAUACACACUUCUCAACCUCCUCCAGAAGGUGGGAAUGGCUUACAUGUGCGCAGACAGUGGUAACCUAAUGGCUAUUGCUCAACAAGUCAUCAACCAAAAACAACAACAAGAACAACAGGAACAGCAACAACAUCAUCAACAUCAUCAAAAUCUCCUAGGUAGUACUAUCACUAACCCCCUCUCCCUCCACCCAUGGAAUCCCAACAACCACAACAACAACAACAACUCUGUUUCAUCACUCCCCUCUCUCUCCUUCCCACCAACCGACUUCACCGACCCAUUCCAAGUUGGGUCGGGCCCCGACAACCCCGAUCCAACCUUCCACUUCCCUCCCCUCCACCCUCACUCCACCACCUUCCGUUUCUCCGAUUUCGAUUCCGAUGACUGGAUGGACACUCUAAUGGCCGCCGCCGCCGAUGACACCAACAUCACCCUCAACACCCACUCAGACUUCCCUCUCAACCCGUUUUCAUGCCCGACCCGUCUCUCACCACCCUCGGAUCUCCUCUUACCCGCCACCGUUCCACUCCAAAACCAAAACCAAAACCAAAUCCCAACCCAACCUACCACCACUCCUCAUCACAAAAACGACACCACCGAAACGACAUCCUCAUUACCGUCGUCCACCAACCCGCUUCUCAAAUCACUAACCCAUUGCGCACGUCUCAUCGAAACCGAACCAAAUCAAGCCGUUGAAACCCUAAAUCAUCUCAAGAAAUCAAUUUCACAAAACGGAAACCCAAUUCAGAGAGUUUCAUUCUAUUUCUCACAAGCUUUAUCCAAAAAAAUCACUUCACAAUCACAACUAUCUCCUUCAGCUUCUUCUAUUUCCUCAACUACAUGGGAAGAAUUAACACUCUCUUACAAAGCCCUAAACGAUGCAUGCCCUUAUUCAAAGUUCGCUCAUUUAACCGCAAAUCAAGCGAUUCUCGAAGCGACAGAAGGUUUCAACUAUAUUCACAUAGUUGAUUUUGGAAUUGUGCAAGGGAUUCAAUGGGCUGCGUUAUUACAAGCAUUCGCAACUCGUUCUUCUGGGAAACCUAAUAGUGUGAGAAUUUCUGGUAUACCUGCUAUGGCUCUUGGAACAUCGCAUGUUUCUUCAAUUUCUGCUACUGGUAACCGUUUAUCUGAGUUUGCGAAGCUUCUUGAGUUGAAUUUUGAGUUUACGCCGAUUACUACGCCGAUUCAGAUGCUUGAUGAGUCUAGCUUUUGUAUUCAGCCAAAUGAGGCUUUGGCUGUUAAUUUCAUGCUUCAGUUGUAUAAUCUUUUGGAUGAGACUACGAAUUCGGUUGAAACCGCGCUUCGUUUGGCGAAGUCUUUGAAUCCUAAGAUUGUUACUCUUGGUGAAUAUGAAGCUAGCUUGACGACACGGGUUGGUUUUGUUAAACGGGUUGAGACUGCUUUUAAUUAUUUUGCUGCUUUUUUCGAGUCUUUGGAGCCGAACAUGGAGGUGGAUUCUCCGGAGAGGUUUCAGGUGGAGAGUCUUUUGCUUGGCAGGAGGAUUGAUGGUGUGAUUGGUGUGAGGGAGAGGAUGGAGGAUAAAGAACAGUGGAAAGUUUUGAUGGAAAGUUGUGGUUUUGAAUCUGUUAGUUUGAGUCAUUAUGCAAUUAGUCAAGCUAAGAUACUUUUGUGGAAUUAUAGUUAUAGUUCUUUGUAUUCUCUUGUUGAAUCUCAACCUGGGUUUUUGUCUUUGGCUUGGAAAGAUGUUCCUCUCUUGACUGUUUCUUCUUGGCGUUGAUUUGAUGAAAUGGAUUUUGGACUCAAAUUUGGAAAUUGUUUUUUCCACCUAGUCUUUUUUUCUCUGGUGUGGAAGGAACAAUUAUAAUUGUCUAUAUGCCGUUGAUGAUCAAUGCUAAGAAGGAAGUUCUUCAGCUUAUGAUGUUUUGCUUGGUGAAGAAGGUAUGCAGAUUGGAUGUGUUUGUUAUCUCAGCACUUAGCACUGCAAUACAAGAUUUUGGGAUGCAUUUUUAUCAGUUUAAUCUCUUUAGUUUCAAUUAAUUUUCCUUUUUUUGGGUGGCAUAUUAUAUUGGUGUUGAUGUAGUUUUAGAUGAAGUUUUUAUUCAGGUUAUGAACUUGAGGAAAUGGGAAGGGAAAUGCUUUCUUUCAUGUUGGCUAGUCUUGUAACUCUGUAAAUUUGAUUGUGUUGUAAGGGGUUUAAAUUUGUCUAAAUAUCAAAAAGGUUAUUUUACUUUA